CCCAAUAUUAUGUAGUAAAUGGUUUACUUCUCUCUCUCUCUCUCUAUAUAUAUAUAUACUAGCAGCUACUGUAUUUGAAAAGUAGUUGUUUGUAUAGUACGGUACAGUGUUUUAGGUGAAGCUUUGAACCUCAUAGUGAUCUAUAAAUCUAGAGUGCUGUUGUUUCACCCCUCAAAGACCCCAAAGCCCACUUGUAGUUCUUUGUGUUCUUUAAUUUUAGGUUUUUCUUUCAUAUAAAAGUAGUUAGCCAUGUCUAGUUUCAGUAAGAGUGCUGCUGCAAGCUGUAGUUCCAGUGAUGAAGAUGUUGAGCUGAGAAGAGGACCAUGGACUGUUGAAGAAGACACUCUUCUCAUUCACUACAUUGCUUCUCAUGGCGAAGGCUGUUGGAAUUUGCUAGCCAAGCGUUCCGGAUUGAAGAGAACGGGGAAGAGUUGUAGAUUGAGAUGGCUGAAUUAUCUGAAACCGGAUGUUAAGCACGGAAAUCUUACUCCUCAAGAACAGCUCUUGAUUCUUGAACUCCAUUCCAAGUGGGGCAACAGGUGGUCCAAGAUUGCAAAAUAUUUACCAGGUAGAACGGACAAUGAGAUCAAGAACUACUGGAGAACAAGAGUGCAGAAACAGGCAAGGCAUCUUAAUAUUGACUGCAAUAGCACAAUGUUUCAAGAAGUGAUUCGGUGUUUUUGGAUGCCACGGUUGAUUCAAAAGAUACACAGUUCUUCUUCUUCAUCGCCUUCGCCUUUGGCAAUAUCAUCCCAAAACUCAGAUGCUCACACUCUCACUACUCAUGCCAAUGAACAUUCAAUAUUACUAUCACCACACAUCCCUACACAAGUUCCAUUCCGUGUAAGCGAAACAGCAUGCAAUCUGUAUCAUCACGUGAACGAUUCAAGCUCAGACCACUGCAGUACUAGUACUCCAAGUGUUUCUUCUUCAGAAUCCAUGAAAAUGUCACAAGUCCCUCAAAUUUCAGAAUACGCAACAACUACUUCAUUUCAGGGCAUGGAUAACAAUAUGGACUACAACACACUUGUCAAGGGUUGCUACAAUGUCGGCAACAUUACCUAUGACAACAUGGAAACCAUCAGCCUGCAGGCAUCUAUGUCUGCACCGGGGGACUACGUAAAUCCGAUUGGGAAAAGCAGUAUUAUGAUUGAUGAUGAUGAUUUCGACGACAGCUUGUGGAACAUGGAUGAAUUAUGGCAAGGCGUCAUCACCUAGCUAGGGACGUCAUUGUUGAUCGUGGUAUCUAACCCACAAAUAGCAAAUUAAAGUCUUGUGACAUAGGUUAGAGAUCUACUAUUGUUUGAAUAUUUUGUUAGUAGGAUUUGAUUACUGAUUCAUAAACCAAAAGACACAAGGAGAAAAUGUUUGUAUAUUGGUUUUUGAAAGAGCUUCUGUACUUGAUUAACAUUCCUAUUAUCUUUUGUG